CUGAUAGUUACUUUGAAGUUUUACUAGCAGCUGCUAGAAAUAAUAAUACUUGGAAAAUUGUAGGUAGACCUACUUAUAAUUAUGCUGCAGAUAUAGCAGUACAAUUAAUGGAGACAAAUUUGGUUGAUGAGGCUAUAGAUACAAUAGUGAUUAAUGAGUAUGGAGAUACAAUAAUAGUCGAUAAUACUGUAGAUUCAGUAAUGGAAUCUGCAGAAAUAAAUAUGAACAAUAAUAAAGCCUGUAUGAAACAAGCAAUUGAGAAAUUAGACAAUAUGUUAGAAAAGAACAGUAAACAAGUUGAUAAAGGAACUAAGGUUCAUUUACAAGUGGCAUUACAAUAUUUGUGUUUGAGAUAUCAAGAUUGGACUAAAAUAAAUUUAAGUGCGAUGAUUGCUGUGUUAUUAGGCUGGGGAGCUUACAAAACAAGAUGUAUUUGUAUAUGGGGUAAUGAGUGGUUGAGGUGGCAAAAAUUACCAAAAGAGAAUCAUGGCAAGCACGUGAAAAUAGCAAGCCUUAUUGAUGAUGAAAUAAUAUCGAUAAAGAUAAUAUCAUAUUUACAAUACAAUAAAUUUAGUGUGAACCUCAAGAUUCUAAAAGAAUUUGUAGAAAAUGAAGUCUUUCUAUCUUUAGAAUGGAAAAAGAAUGUAUAUGUUGAUGAGUAUGAACAGAAGGAUGUGGUACAGUAUCAACAAGAAGUUUUUUUACCCAUAAUGGCUGAGUUAGAACCUCUUCUUAUUGAAUAUGAUAAAAAUGAUUUAACAAAAUUAGGGCCUGAAGGUGAACAAAAAUUAUGUCCAAAGGGACGAGACAGAUGUAUUCAUGUUAGUGAAUUUUUAUGUGAACUUUUGGAGCAUGUUUAUUUAACUGUAGAGCAACAUUUAGCCCAUCCAGAAAUUCCAAAUAGAUAUGUUACAGAGACUUUUGAG